AUGAUGGAACGAUUAACAAAUAAAACAACUGGUGUUGGUUUCGUACGAUUUGUUAACGAACAAGAUGCAGUAAAUGCCUUGGAAUCAUUGAAGUUAAAUCCUCUUACACUGCCUGAAUGUUCUGUUCCAGUUGAAGCGAAAUUCGCAGAUAAACAUAAUCCUGACACAAGAAGACGACGAUAUCCUGUGACAGCAGCGACUGCUGCCGCCGCUGCAGCCGCGGCCACAAUGAUUGCAAAUGUCAAUUACAACAGCCUCUUAAAUUGUCCUUUGUAUACAACUCCGAAUGGUUUAGCGUUAACAUCUCAGGAUGCCUUAGCUUCAUUACUGAAUACAGGGCUGGUUAGUCCGUCUCUUGUUAACAAUCAAAUAGCCAGUCUGUCAGCUUUGCAUAAAUCAACAACAGAUUUUACAUCAGGUAUUAAUACAGAUUUAUUGGGUGGUUUUAUUCAACCGGGUAAAUUUUCAAAUAAUUUAGUUUGUAAUAAUACAUCAACAAAUAAUGGUACGAACAGUACUACCAUCAAUAAUAAUAAUAACAAUAGUAAUGGUAAUAAUAAUAAUAACGGCUUGACGGCUGACUUCAAUGGAACACAUUCAGCAAAUCAUUGUGAACCAAGUUUAGCUGCCUUGGCUGCAGCUGCCGCUGCGGCUUCAACAAUAUUCGGUGGAUCACCAACACCGAAUGGUUUUGUGAAUAACUGUCUACGCUCAAAUCAUGCUGCUGCUGGGGGAUCAGCGCUAAACGGUGGCCUGUUAUCAGCCAAUCAGAUUGCAUUACUUGGAACUCCAGCUAUUCCUUCACCAGAUACAAAAUUAUUUGAUCCUAAUCUAUAUGGAUGCUCUUUAUACGGAACUGAAUAUUUUCGCCCACAACAACCACAACAGCAACCCCAUCAACAGUCACAACAACAACAACAACAGCAGCAACAACAGCAGCAACAACAACAACAAUUGCUUUCUGUUGCUAUGGCGGCAAUGACUAAUCCAGCCUUACAAGGAUGCGUUUAUCCAACGACAGCAGACUUAAAUUCCUUUAAUACAACUUAUCAUAAUUUAUUGAAUUCCCACAAUGCAACAACAAUACCAAUGCAAACUGAUCCUGUUGUUGGAAAUUGUUUAACUGGUACAGCUGAUAGUCUUGGUUUAACCGGUACAAUCUAUGCUAGUCAUCCACAACAAUCUCAACAAUCUCAGCAAUCACAACAACAACAACAACAAAAUAAUUUACUUUCAUCAAAUCCAAUUCCAGGUUCAUUAACACAUAUUCCUGAUUCAUUGACUAAUUCUAGACCAGAUAGUGGAUUAUAUCAAUGGUUAAUACCAAGUCAUAUAAUUAAAAAUGGCAAUAAUGAAUGUCGUCUAAUAGGCAUGUGCAAAUGUUAUUAUAAAUACUUUGAAUAUACCGUAAUGGAGUAA